GGCAUUUUUUUUCCGGCCUGCUCAAGUGGGCCUGAGUGAGGGCUUUGGCGACUCUGGUCGCCGGCGUGGUUUUGUUUAUUCAUUUUUUUUUUCUGUCAGGUGCCGCCGCUAGGGCCGGUGGUGGGUGGUGGUGGGUGGGAGGCAGCCGCCCGAAGGCCACACCAUGAUUUCGGCCGCGCAGUUGCUGGAUGAGUUAAUGGGCCGGGACCGAAACCUCGCCCCGGACGAGAAGCGCAGCAACGUGCGGUGGGACCACGAGAGCGUUUGUAAAUAUUACCUCUGUGGGUUUUGCCCUGCGGAAUUGUUCACGAAUACACGGUCUGAUCUUGGUCCAUGUGAAAAAAUUCAUGAUGAAAACUUACGGAAACAGUAUGAGAAGAGUUCUCGUUUUAUGAAAGUUGGAUAUGAGAGAGAUUUUUUGCGAUACUUGCAGAGUUUACUUGCAGAAGUAGAACGUAGAAUUAGACGAGGCCAUGCUCGUUUGGCAUUAUCUCAAAAUCAGCAGUCUUCUGGAGCAGCUGGCCCAACAGGCAAAAAUGAAGAAAAAAUUCAAGUUCUCACAGAUAAAAUUGAUGUACUCCUACAGCAGAUUGAAGAAUUAGGAUCUGAAGGAAAGGUAGAGGAAGCCCAGGGAAUGAUGAAAUUAGUUGAGCAGUUAAAAGAAGAACGAGAAUUACUCAGAUCGACAACCUCGACUAUUGAAAGUUUUGCUGCCCAAGAAAAGCAAAUGGAGGUGUGUGAAGUGUGUGGAGCCUUUUUGAUAGUAGGAGAUGCCCAGUCCCGUGUAGAUGACCAUUUAAUGGGAAAACAACACAUGGGCUAUGCUAAAAUUAAAGCUACUGUAGAAGAAUUAAAAGAGAAAUUAAGAAAAAGAACUGAAGAACCAGAUCGUGAUGAACGCUUAAAAAAGGAGAAGCAAGAACGAGAAGAAAGAGAAAAAGAGCGUGAGAGAGAAAGGGAAGAAAGAGAAAGGAAAAGACGAAGAGAGGAGGAGGAAAGGGAAAAAGAAAGGGCUCGAGACAGAGAAAGAAGAAAGCGAAGCCGUUCACGAAGUCGACAUUCAAGUCGAACUUCUGACAGGAGAUGUAGCAGGUCUCGAGAUCACAAAAGAUCACGAAGUAGAGAGAGAAGGCGGAGCAGAAGUAGAGAUCGACGACGAAGCAGAAGUCACGAUAGAUCUGAAAGAAAGCAUAGAUCUCGUAGCCGGGACCGAAGACGAUCAAAAAGCCGAGAUCGAAAGUCAUAUAAGCAUAGGAGCAAAAGUCGGGAAAGAGAACAAGAUAGAAAAUCCAAGGAGAAAGAAAAGAGGGGAUCUGAUGAUAAAAAAAGUAGUGUGAAGUCCAGUAGUCGAGAAAAGCAGAGUGAAGACCCAAACACUGAAUCAAAGGAAAGUGAUACUAAGAAUGAGGUCAAUGGGACCAGUGAAGACAUUAAAUCUGAAGGUGACACUCAGUCCAAUUAAAACUGAUCUGAUAAGACCUCAGAUCAGACAGAGGUAAGUGUAUUGUUUCUCACUUUGAUUAGGGCUUUUUGUUACUGUUUGACAGUGCAGCGUAAGUAUGCACAGAUGAAGAUGGAACUAAGCCGUGUAAGAAGACAUGCAAAAACAUCUUCUGAAGGAAAAGACAGUGUAGUCCUGCAAAACAUUUUGAGGUACAUUGUUUUGUCUCAGCUAUUUUGUAGCGGACUCGUGCCCCCAUUAGUGUGCCUCUUUGGAAGUUACUGCCCACAUUUGUAAUAUAGUCGUCAUUGAAAAGUUAAUUAUCCUUUUUUUAGGGAUUUUGCUGUCAUUUCUUUUUUUUUUUUUUUUUUUUUAAUAAAAAGGUUUGAACUGUUUUUUUUUCUUUUUGGUAUUAAGUCCAUCUUGUGUUGGUACAUUGGCAGAGACAUAUGCUUAAAAAACUUAAUAUUUCUGAGGCACAUGUUGGACUACUUUGUUUUAAUUAAACUGCUAGUAUUUCUUUGUCAAGGAUGUUUCUAGUUUUUGCUUUAUUGCCUUGCAUUCUAAUGCAGUUUGUUCUGUAACUCGAGAGCCAGUAGCAUUGGAUUGAUGGAAGUGUAGGGUUUAUGAAUUAUUGCAGCUGACUACCAUACCUCACACAGCGUUGGUGUUGUGAGCGGCCCAUGAAAAGCCAAAUUAAAAAUCAAGGAUUCAGUCAAACUAAGCAGGUAUUCAUGCCAGGUACUCCUUUCUCUACCCACAUCCAUGUUUGAAUGCUAUUGCCUGUGAUCUUGACGCUUAAUUGUUGUGUAUCUUUUUUGUUCUUUACAAGAAGUGCAGAGGGAUUUUUUUGUGUAUUGUGUGAAAACUUAAAAAUCAAAUGUUAACAGAAUGGAAUUUUUCUUCAACUGUAUGUAGGGAUGCAGUGGUGCCCAGAAUUAGAUAUCUUUAAAGAAUUUAAAAUACAAUAAACACUUCAUAUUAUUCGCCUUGUACAUUCAAUGCAAUUCUCAAGUCUUUAAGAGGUAUGUGUUUAAUAUUUCAUACUGCGUAGGAGAAUUUGCAGCCAACCUUAGUAGAUAGAAAUAAUCACUGGCUGGUACAUUUUAAGCAGCAGUGAAUAGCAAGAAUAGACACCUUCAAGCUCUGUAAAAUUAUGAACAUAUGAAUUGUAUAGAAUGAAUUUGGGUUUUUAAAGAACUUAAAAGUCAGGUUUUAUCAGAGUUCUUGAAACCUGUAAACUGUUCAUUCUUUGGGCUAGUGGCAUGGGAUAAAAUAUUCCUAAUGAAAGGAAGUACCAAUAAGAUUUGUUAAUGGCAUUCCUUUUCUAGGACUGCAGUGUAAUGUUCUUUCUGUGUGAGUCUUUCACACAUAGUUGGGCAUACACAGGCACAUGGCUAUAGGACCACACAGAUGGCUUAGUAUAUAAUGUAAGAAUACAAACACUUCAUAUACAUGUUAAUUAGCAGUUAGUGACUGGGCCAACACAUAGCCAUAAAAUACUACCUUUUACAUGCUGUCUAAUUAUCAUUUUUCCCCAAAUUUUGCAUUGUAGGAUUACUGUUGGAAGAUUUUUUGAAGAAUACUGAAAACGGCCUAAAGGGAAGAUCAACAUUAAAAUGAGGUGAAAGAAAGAUAUAGUGGCAUAGAAAAGUAUAAAGCUCAGUUAGUUGUUUGUUUGUUUUUUUAAUUGUUAUUUUAAAAAUUAAUUCAGGACUGAAGUGACCUACCAGAUUUCAGAACAUGUGUUAAUAGCAUAUAUGCCACUGAAAACUUAGGUCCUGUAUAAUAUUUUUUUCCUUUAAGACUUUUUAAGAAAUAUUACCUAAACAUGUGGCUUGCUCAGUGUUGAAUUGCAAGUUUUCAUUCUUGGACUUUGAAAACGGGAUUAAACAUUAGUAUUCGUGUGAAUCAUAAGUGGGGUUUCGUUUUUACAACUCUGCUAUACCUAGCCUUUGGAUUUAGAAGUGAAAAUAAAGUAUCUCUGACUUUCUGUUACAAA